CCCCAACCCCCAACUCUUCACCUUCCAAAAAACAAAAAAAAAAAAAGAAAUGGCAACUUCUUCCAUGGCAGCUCUGCUGGUGCUGCUAAUGUGCACCACCAGUGCACUUUGUGCUCGCCAGUGCGCCGAUUGUGGUUCCUCACCUGUCCCUUAUCCACUCAGCACUGGCUCUGAUUGUGGCGAUCAAUCUUACAAAAUACGUUGCACUGACACCCAACUUUUAUUCGAUACUCUCAACAAUUCCUAUCCAAUCAGUUCCAUUUAUCCAGAAACACAACGACUUAUUAUCGAACCCUCACCUUUCUUACCCAACACCUGCAUCACACAGGAUAUUUCCACCGUUGGCAUUCAGUUAAACUCAUCACUCCCUUUCAACAUCACAAGUAGCAACACAAUCAUUUUCCUUAACUGCUCCGAAACUCUGCUGAGGUCACCUCUCGACUGCUCUUCAUCCAGUUUAUGCCACGUGUACUUGAAUGGAAGUCGUGGAGGUGAUGUAUUCGAAUGUACACAGACGCCGAUUUGCUGUACUUUCGGGGCAGGUGGAUCGUCCACGUCGCAUAUGAUUCGGGUCAAGGAAUCAGGUUGUCGGGCUUAUAGGAGUUUUGUGAACUUGGAUGCGGAGUUGCCUGUGAGUAGAUGGGCAAAACCCGGGUUGGAACUGCAGUGGGUUUUGCCGUUAGAGCCGGUUUGUACGGGUCAGUUCGAAUGUGAUUCGGACUCCACGUGUAGACCCGACCCGGGUUUGAAUGGUGGUGGUGGUGGGGUUAGUAGAUGUUUUUGUCAUACCGGGUUUCAUUGGGACCCAAUUGCCGCGUUAUGUGCCCAGAAUGUGACGUGCCAAGAUCCUGAUGGUUGUGGUAGCGACCACACUGCACUCAUAGCAGGUUUGACAUCAGGGGUGGGUGUGGCAGUGAUUGCUGCUGUAAUUGGGAUUCUUGUGUACAGACGUCACAAGCGAAUUAAGGAUGCACAAGACCGACUAGCUCGGGAACGGGAAGAUAUUCUUAGCUCAGGUGGUAUAAAAUCUGCAAAGCUAUUUACAGGCAAAGAAAUAAAGAAAGCAACAAACAAUUUCUCUAAGGACCGGCUUCUUGGCACUGGGGGUUAUGGUGAAGUUUACUAUGGUACACUUGAUGAUGGUACUGCGGUUGCUGUCAAGUGUGCCAAGCUAGGGAAUACUAAAGGCAUUGAUCAAGUUCUCAAUGAGGUUAGAAUACUUUGUCAGGUUAACCACAAGAACCUCUUGGGCAUUCUAGGUUGUUGUGUUGAGCUUGAACAGCCAUUGCUGGUUUAUGAGUAUGUCCCGAAUGGAACUCUUAAUGAUCAUUUGCAUGGGAAAAGCAAAUUUCUAACAUGGAAUUUCCGGCUCAGCAUCGCCCACGCAACUGCAGAGGGACUUGCUUACUUGCAUUUCUCUGCAGUUCCUCCCAUUUACCAUCGCGAUGUCAAGUCUAGCAACAUUCUGCUCGAUGAAAAGUUGAAUGCUAAGGUCUCGGAUUUUGGUCUUUCACGGUUGGCACAUGCGGAUCUGAGUCAUGUGUCCACCUGUGCUCAGGGUACCCUCGGUUAUCUUGACCCUGAGUACUACAGGAACUAUCAAUUGACAGACAAGAGUGAUGUGUACAGUUUCGGGGUUGUGUUGUUGGAACUCUUGACAUCCCAAAAGGCAAUAGACUUUAAUCGGGAACAGGAUGAUGUGAACUUGGCUGUAUACGUGGCAAGGUUGAUAGAGGAAGAGAGAAUAAUGGAUGCUGUUGAUCCUGCAUUAAAGGAGGGAGCAACCAGCUUGGAGUUGGAGACAAUGAAGGCACUCGGAUUUCUGGCUCUCAGUUGCUUGGAGGAAAGAAGACAAAGCAGGCCUCCCAUGAAAGAAGUAGCCGAGGAGAUUGAGUACAUACUCACUAUUGCUACUGCAAAAGCAAGAAAUCAAUGACAUGUUCAAAAUGGUAAAUGCAUUCUUGUGUGUAUUUUAGGUUGAUUGAGUGUUCUUCUUUGAGAGCUUGUUUGUUGUAAAUACAACUAGAGAGUGAGUGAGUUAGUUUAUACACACAUAUCUAGAGUUGCCUUUUUAUCUCUUUUCCAUCCUCUUCCUGCCAAGUCCACUUAGGGAUAGUAUUCUCGUUUUCCGAAAUUUUGUUCACCUUUCAAGGAACUCUCUUGAGAAGGCAAAGCAAAAGAUCCCAUAUUUUUUUUUGGCUA